CGGUGGUCGGUCCGGCCGCCAUCCUCCUGCCUGCCGAACCGCCAUAGUGGCCCUGCAUUUGCAUCAUUACACCCUUCUCUUGCCACCGUCCGGACCACGGACCUCAGUGGACCAUCCCGAGUUGCUGGCUGCCAGGCGAAUGUCAAAGCGGUUUGUCGUCCCUAGUUGCCGGCAGCAGAGAGAUCCUUCCGCGUGUGCUUCAGGAUUAGCUUCAGGCUGCCGUUUGCUUGUUUGUUUGAUUGCUGCUCCCUGUAGCUUGCAGUGAGGUGUGUUGUGUAUCGUUCGGUGUUCCAAAACGGUGACGUUUUCGCACGUGCGACCGCGUCCGCGAGUGCGCAAGAGUACCGCAAAUCGCAUGUGCGCAGCCCCUUCGAUCAAUUCGCGACCAUCCGCCAUCAUCGCCACGACAUCUGUCAAACCGAACCCCGAAAUCCCAGUUCUCAGUUCAGGUCAGUGUUCAACCUUCAGCGGAAUCUGAUCUGCGGAGAGAGGUCAGAAGGGUGCCCAUCAAUCAUCGGCCAUCGCGAGCUGCCAGUGCAUAAAGUACUCCUCCUUCACCGACUACGAACGCGCCGCGACGCGCACCACAACGCGAACGUCGAGGACGACGAGGACCUCCAGUAGCUGGCCUACCACUUCGUUCAAAUCGCGCGCUAUCAGCUAUCAAUCCAGAGCAGUAGCAGCUAGGAACAGUAACAGCAGUAGAAGAGCAGCAGAAGCGACGACAGUCCUGGAGUGGCUAGCGGUGCGCGGUCUCUUGACGCCGUUGCGACGGUCAGUGCCGGGCGUGGGUGGACGUGCCGCAGCCACCACUGGCAGCACGCUCCUCCACCAUCGUACCACCAUCGAUCGGGUGCUCGGACCACCGGGCAUGGCAGUAGGCGGCUGGAGCAAGCUGCCCUGCCGAUAGACACGGGCACCACCACACACGCCACGCGAGGAGGAGGACGACGACCCCAUCUUACUCUACUGCCCCACUUUUCCUCUCUCUCUAUCUCUCGCGCGCGAGCGCGCGCUCUCUCAGUCAAUUAUCCCGGGGAAUCAGGACCUCACCGUCGUCGUCGUUGAUCCCAUCCUUUCUCUCUUCCCCCUCCCCACACACAUAUUUACGCAAGAAGGCGAGAGCAGCAAUAGCAUAGUCCGAGUCCGAGUGAUUCGAAGCAAAAGAUUCGUGAAAGAAGAAGUGGUGCUCCAGAAAACCGUAAAGAAGAGAGCAAACUAAGACUAAGAAGUCGUCUGAGCGCAGUAACAGCAGCAACAAUAGCAUUUAGUGUAACGGCAGAGUGAUCCCGUGAAUUCCCCGGGUUGGAGGGGGAGAAUAUACAUCCAACAAUAGAGCGAACCGGAGGACCACCACCGGAGAUGGAAACAGACGGUGGCAGCGGCAGCGGCCGCGGCGAAGAGCUGCAACCACCGGUGACGGUGGCGGCGGACGGUGUCGUCGUCGUCGCGAUCGGCGAUGUCGUGGUGGUACCGAAGGCGACCGGCGAGGGCGAGGAGGAGGGCCGCCGGCGUAGCAGCACCCUUACCACCAUCACCACCACGACCACCACCACCCCCGGUAGCCCGAUACCGGACGAUGCCAUCAUGCUGGACGAUGGGGUGCUGCUGGAGUGCCAGGGCCCGGUACCAGGGUUCGGUACCACCGGUAUCGCCGGUAGCCUCCCCACCACCACCACCACUGCCGUCGAUAACGUACCGCCGCGCCGCUCCUCCUCGACCUCCGGCAUUCCUCUGCAGCAACGGCAGCGACCGUCCUCUCCGAAUCCGCCGUUCCAACCAUUCUCGCUGCAGCAGCCGCAGAAGGGCGCCGAUCCUGCCUCCAGCCUCCAGAUCGAUAUGCGCGGUGCGACCGAGUUUUACCGGGUCGAUGAGGACGAUUACCGUCCCUUUACGAUCACUACCGGGUACAAUGGCGAUGGAACAGGCAAGGUCGGUACCGGCCACCAGCCACUGUCGUCGAGCGGUUCACUAGCAUCCAUCAUCACAACGUCGAUCACGUCGUCGGAGGCGGAUCAUCGCGGCGGCACCAUCAGCAGCGUCGGAACCGGCAGCCUGGCCGGGCUGGAUGAGGCCGAACCAGUGGUCGUCGGUGCGAAGGGCGGUGGUCGUGAGGGCCCGAGGCUGGCGCGCUCCUGUGACGCUGUUGGUGAUGGCGGCGGUGGCGGCGGCGGCGGCGGUGACGGCGGUGACGGUGUCGGUCCGGGUAAUGGCGGCCUCGAUGGCCACGUCGGUCCCGGCGGUGACGCAGGGGCGGUGGCAGGGCGUGCGGGAACCGGUGGUCUCCGCCACGAGAAGUGGUGGCAGACGACGAUUCAGAUCGCGAUCCCGUUCUUCAUCGCCGGUAUCGGUACCAUCGGUGCGGGCAUCAUACUUGGCCGCGUUGAGGGACGCAGCUCGUUCGGCGAGGAUUCGACCUUUAUCAGCUUCCUGGCCUCGCACUGGAAGGUGUUCAAGCAUGUGACGGAGCUAUUCAUCCUGGUACCGGCCCUGCUCGGCCUGAAGGGUAACCUCGACAUGUGCCUGGCGUCCCGGCUCUCGACCCAGGCGAACCUCGGCAACAUGACCAGCAAGCGCGCGAUUUUGCACAUGAUCGUCGGCAACAUAGCGCUGGUGCAGGUGCAGGCCAUCGUCGCCGCCUUCAUCGUGUCGAUCUUCGCCAUCUCGGUGGGCGCCAUCAUGAACGGGAACUUUGUAUUCGAUCACGCGAUGCUGCUGACCGCGGCCAGUAUGUUUACCGCGACCACCUCCUGCUUCGUGCUGGACUUUGUGCUAGUGGCUGUGAUUUUACUGUCGAAUCGCUACCAGAUGAACCCGGACAAUCUGGCGACACCGCUGGCGGCCUCGAUCGGCGAUGUGGUCUCGAUCUCGCUGCUCUCCUUCAUCGCGACCCAGCUAUUCGAAAACAUCGACACGCACCUCUGGAUCACGUUCGCGGUGGUUAUCGCCUAUUUCAUGCUGUUACCAAUGUGGGUAUUCAUAGUAUUAAGAAACACAUACACGCGCACGGUACUGACCUCUGGCUGGGUACCGGUGCUGUCCGCUCUCUUCAUAAGCGGUAUGGGUGGACUGGUGCUGGACACAGCGGUUGGCAUCUUCAACGGGUUCGUAGUGUUCCAGCCCAUCAUCAACGGCAUCGGCGGCAAUCUCGUGUCGGUGCAGGCCAGCAAAAUCUCAACGAUGCUGCACCAGAGCUCCAUUCUGGGCAUCAUCCCGCCGCACAUCAACGUUGUCGAGCUACCCUGGAAAGCACUAUUCAAAGGAGUGCCCUACGCGAAGACGGCCCGCAUACUGAUACUGAUGUCGAUACCCGGCCAGGUGCUGUUCAUCUUCGCUGCCGAUUACAUCCACAUGCAGCGCUCGACGAUCGGGGCACCGUUCGUGCUCUCCUAUCUCCUCGUCAGCACCAUCCAGAUCAUGCUGCUACUGUACAUUGCGCACGUCAUCAUCCAUCUGAUGUGGAAUUGGAAGAUCGAUCCGGAUAACUCUGCCAUCCCGUACCUGACGGCGCUCGGCGAUCUGCUCGGUUCGAGCUUCCUGAUGGUGGCGUUCCUGUUUCUGCGCUCCAUCGGCGCUCCGUACGGCGAGGAACCAGACGAGCAGGAGCUCGUGUACGGCCUGCUGUCUUCGACUACCACCCCUGAUGGCAGCGGUUUUGGUGGGGAUGCGUUUACCGCCUCUGAUCUGAUAUCCGGUUCGUCCGGCAUCUAGGCCUCAUCGUACGACGUAUCGACAUGCACACAGUAUCGACGGUGUGACCACAAAGAAGAAACAAAACAACAACCAACCAAAUGCCCUUCCCAUGCGCACGUCUCACCACUAGUUCUCGUGCGACCUCAAACAAGAGAGCUCUCACAAAGUCUCUCUCUUCCAACUCUCUCUGUCACAUACACUCACUCUCAUUGGAAGGCACAGGCACAACCAAAGCGUUUAGUUGCGAAAUAUGAACGUAGAGCAGGAUCAAUUAGUAUGAUUUGUCGGGGCCUUUAGCACCCUGCAGAAGGCUCCCGUCCCAGCACCAAAGGAUCAAGACAGAAUCGCCACUCGACGAACGAUAGAUAGAAAGGCGCCUGAUGCAUCGGAACCCCUACCAUCGGCUCCGCUCGGGGUCCUGUUUAACCACGGGGAUCCUUUCUAUUUUCCAGUAUUAGGCGGGUUAGUGUUAGUGGGUAGAUCAGCCACCUCGGCAGGACAAUGCAUUUCCUUUCCCUUUCAAAAAACUUUCCGCUCUAGAGUGAAAGAGAGAAAGUGAAAGUGAAAGAGAAAGAUAUAGAGAGAGAAAGGAGAGAGAAAGAGAGAGAGAGACAAGACUCGUAAAAAGAAUCGAGAGAUGAAGCAGUCAGACGAGUAUAGAAUAACCGUGCCCUAAACCAAAUGGUAAUACUUAAUUUAUAUCCGCGAGCAAAAGAAAUCCCGAGCGAGAAAGAAUGUGUGUGGGAGAGGAAGAGAGAAAGAGAGGCAAGAGACGACGAAGAAAGAGAAAGACAAAGACACCGUUUUUGGACGAAUAGAUUGACGAUCGAGCUCGAAAUCGUAGAGGCUCAGGAUGGGCCCUAAUUAUCAGACACCGGACGAGGACCACGGUGACGUGGUUUGGGUGCGUAGAAUUACAUGGCGCUGGAAGCGGUGGCGCACCGUGAUCGUCAAACCCUUCAUUUCAUGUUCUUAAUUUAACUAGGAUUACAAGUCAGCCUCUGCAUGAGGCGACCAGACAGACGGUUCCGUCGACAUUAGUAUGUAACGCAAAGAAAACAGAGAGUAUCACUCACUCACUAGUAGAAAGAGAGAAACAAAGAGGGAUAGAGAGAUGCGACAAAUGAGAAAGAAAGAGGAUGUGAAAUUUGAUGUUGAAAGAAGAAUUGGCAGCAGUAGUAGUAGCAGUAGAAGUAGGAGCAGCAGCUGCAGUAGUAGCAGAGAAACAAGAUGCAGUAGUGGUCUCCCCUUACCCCCAUCGACACAGAGAGAAGUGCAAAGCGUAGGGUUCGGAACGGUGAGUGUUGGUGAUGUACCUUAUGCUGGCGCUGCCGCGAGGCAAAUGGCUUGGCUGCGAACGGAGCUAGCGGGGUACAAACGCGCGAACGAGCUCAUCCUGCCCAAAAAGCCGGUGCCAUGGUUACCACAUCGAAAAGGACACCUGCUGUUCCGCUGUUCGGCCCUUAGUACUUCCUUAUUGUUUCUUAUUAUUUCCACGUCAUAACAAUACACAGAUACGUUAUAUGAAUUUGAAUUUUUUUUUAUCAUUGCGCGAGCCGGGCAGCUUAUCGAUCGUUUGUGGUUUAGUGCAGACGCAAUGGAUUUAUGUAUUUAUGUGCGUGUGAUUUCUUUCCGUCGAUUAGAAGGCCGGACGUGAAAGGUGCUCGAUGGAUGGAAGGAGCUGGGCUGGGGCGCGGCACAGAAAGACGGCUGGUGAUGAAUGGAUGUACGGCUGUACUUAAGUUAAGGAUAACAUGAAUGAAGUGCCUAGUGAAAGCGAUGUAAACCCGGGCCGGGGGAAUGAAGAUGCGACCGAGUAUAGACAAAGGGAAGAUUGAGUAGAGGAACCGGCAUUCUGAGAGGCGAGGGGUGUCAGGUCGAUGUUGCUUCCAAUUGACAGCAAUUCGCACCUGAACUGCUGCACCAUUUUGCUCAAACAAAUUUGCCCGACCCGAAAGCGCUCCUGGAAAGGAAGCUUAGGAAAGGAAUAGAACGGAGGUGCGAAGGUGAGUGCCAAGGCAAACCCCCCUCCUAGUCCUGUGGUAGACGUGGCGGUGUAUGUGUGUGCGUGUAUAUGUGAGCGAUGUGGUCGCGGCCAAGGAAAGGUAGCUUAUCUGUGACAAUAACGUAAACAACUCUUGGUCUCGCCGGGACUCGCCCCUCCCAAGGCCAAACCUUGUCUGCUAACUAACACUAGCUCGUGCGUAUCAUAGAAAGAAAAGUGAAAAGGAAAUGGAGAAUGGGACAGGGGAUUACGUUGCCAUAAAUAGGUACAGGGGGAAGGGGGAGGGAGGACAUCGAAGAAAAACCUUUUCAUUGUGAUAGGGGCGUAGAGCCCAGGGAUGAUAGAGUUCCGCGACGGAAUGGGGUGGUGAGGAGAGCGAUUGUCGAGACAAAAACAAAGUCCACGGUGCUAAGGGGCACUUUAAAUAAUGCAUUACCAAUGCUCUCACCACCUUCUUCUCUUCCUCCUUUCCCAUAAACCGGAAGAGAGAGUAAGAGAGAGAGUGAGAGAGAGAGAAAUAGUAACACGAAUACCACGAGUGUUUAUUCCGGUUUCCGCCUAGACACACAGUCACAGUGGAUAAAUAACGUAUAUUGCGCAUAACAUUAGCCAGCAGAGCAGAGCGCAAGAGGAGAAUGGCGAAAGGGAUAGUGAGAAGGAAUGUAGCCAACAAGGAGCGGAAGGGAUCAAUUGAUCGAGCCUGGUUAGCGGCACAGGACUUACCGCUGUGAG